AUGUCUGAUAAUAAAAGAUGUUUAAGUGGAUUUCAAAAAAGAAAAAAAAGAAAAGAAAUUCAAGAACAGAUGUCAAAACUACCUAAAAUUAAAAACUUUUUUUCGUCAAUCCCAGCUGAUGUCUCUGAAAUAGAUGUAAAUCCAGAAAAUCAAGAUUCAGAAUUCAGUGUAUCAAAAUCAAAUGAUCAUGUUGGAUUAUUCCUGUCAUCGGAGCUUCAAAUCAAUAAUAUACAUGAUUCGACUACAGAAAAUAAAGAAACAGAAUUGAGUGUAUCUAAAUCAAAUGAUCAUGGUGGAUUAUUCCUGUCGUCAGAACUUCAAAUCAAUAAUAUACAUGAUUCCACUACAGAAUAUGACAUAUCUAAAUUUCUUGUUGUAUUCAUAUUAUGUUUAAAUUUUAAUAUUCAUAAUGAAUAUCCAACUGACAGAAUUCAUUUUAAAGAAAAUAUUAUGGACAAUAAUACUAAAAGAUGUAUUUUAACAUACGGACCUUGUAGACCAGACAUUGUUUUUCCAAUAACAACAAAAGACAAUGGUAAAUCUCUCCAUUUUUCAAAAUUUUAUUACAACAAAACACUGAAGUCUGGUAUACAAGUGCCAAGAUUCUGGCUGUGUUAUUCUGUUGGUUUAGACUCAGUUUAUUGUGAAACUUGUUGGUUAUUUGCUAAUCGCCUCUAUUCAUUUUUCAACAAUGUCUGGAUUAAUGGAGUGGAUGACUGGCAACAUUUAUCUAUUAAAAUUGACAAACAUGAAAUGUCAAUGCAGCACAUUGAUGCCUGUAAAAUACGUGUUUUAUGGGUUAAAAAUGCAACAAUUGAUAAAGUCACUGAACGCCAAUAUUCAGAAGAAGCUACAUUCUGGAGAAAUGUGUUGCAUAGAAUUAUAAAAAUAAUUCUAUAUCUUACUUCUGGCAAUACUGCAUUAAGAGGUCAUGAACAUAAAAAUAAAUAUAAUCCAGAACAACUUGAUGGAGAAGGUAACUUUAUGCGCUCAGUGAGAUUGUUGGCUGAUUAUGAUCCUACCAUGAAUGAACUUUUGAAAGAUGAACAAAAAAAAAUAAAAUAUUUUAGUUGGAAGAUUCAAAAUGAAUUAAUUGAACUUCUCGCCACAAGUACUCAAAACUUUCUGUGUGAAGAAAUAAGACAUUCACAAUGUUUCUCUAUUAUUAUGGAUUCGACGCAAGAUAUUACCAAACUUGAUCAAGUCAGUAUAGUUAUAAGGUAUGUGGUAAUAAAUCAUAAUGAAUUAAAUAUAAGUGUUAAAGAAUCAUUUUUGGGAUUCUUCGUCAUUGAAAAACACGGAGCACAAGAUUAUGAAGAAUUAAUCACUGAUAUAUUAUUAAAGUUAAAUAUAGAUAUCAAUAAAUGCAGAGGGCAGGGGUAUGAUGGGGCUUCUGUCAUGAGUGGCAUAUACUCUGGAGUCCAAAAACGAAUAAAAGACAAAGUACCUACUGCAUCUUACAUUCACUGUUGUGCCCACAAUUUGAAUUUAGUCAUAUCAGAUGCAGCUAAAAUUUCUCAAAAAGUAGUAUCAUUUUUUGAAACCAUUCAAGCGGUUUUCAAUUUCUUUAGUGUCAGUGCUCCAAGGUGGGCUUGUUUAGCAUUUGGUAAUGAUGAAUACAGAAAGGUUAAACUAAAAGUUUUAAAAAGAGUGUGCCCAACCCGAUGGGAAUCACGACAUGAGUCUAUUAAUGCAUUGAAGUUGAGGUUUAUAGAUGUCUUGAAAGCAUUAACUAAUAUAUCUUUAACCAGUACUAAAAAAGAUGAAAAAGCAUCUAGUACGUCUUUAAAAAAAAAACUAGAAUCCAUAGAAUUUGUCCUUAUUUUAUGUGUUUGGGAAAAGGUAUUGAGAGCACUAGAUGGGGUAUCCAAAUCACUUCAGAAUCCGAAUACAAAUUUGCAAAAUGCAUGUCAAAAUUUAAAAGAAGCUAAAACAGUUAUAGAAAAUUUAAGAGAUAAUUAUGGAAAUAUAUUACUGGAAUGUAAAGAUUUAUGCUCUAGAUGGGGAAUUUCUCUUAAUUUUCAUAUGAAAAGAAAUAUGUUUGCAUCAAAAUACUUUGAUGAAGUUGAUGGUGAUCGUCGUUUAAAUGUAACCAAUGAAAAUUUCCGGAUUAAAAUUUUUCUACCUGUAAUUGAUACAGUACUAUUCCAAUUAAACUCAAGGUUUCAAGGACUACAACAAGUAACAGAGAAUUUUAAUUUUUUAUUUCCUACAAUUUUGAUUAAAUUGAAUGAAAAUGAAAUCGCUAAAGCUUCGAUGGACUUUUUUUAUUUAUAUAAUGAUGACAUUUCUCCAGACUUUACCAGACAAUUAUUGUGUUUAAGAGGAUUAUUAAACACAACAAUUCAAACAAUUAAGGACCUUGCUUUGUUUAUAAUUAAAAAUGAUUUCUGUACAACAUACUGUGAUGUUAUAACAGCAUGUAUAAUUUAUAUUUCAUUGCCAGUGACAGUAGCAACGGCGGAAAGGUCGUUCUCAAAAUUAAAAUUAAUCAAAAACUAUUUGAGGAAUAGUAUGGGUCAGGAUCGCCUUUCUAAUAUUGCUAUUUUAAAUAUAGAAAAAGAUGUAGCUAAUAAUUUGGACUUGGAAAAAAUGAUUUCUACAUUUGCCGAAACCAAAACCAAAACCAAAACCAGAAAAAAGAACUUUCUCAAGUAA